AUGGCACAAAGCGAGGCUACUAUUCCGGAUGACUUUGAGAUGCCACUGAAUGCAUUCGACAUUCCGCGCUGUUAUGAAGGUGAUCUAUCCGCCGUUGUGAUUACAGAAGGACUCAUACGCGAUCGCGUCAGGCGACUAGCAAAAGACAUCCACGAAACAAUAGGAGCUGAUCAGCUGUCACUACUCUGUGUGCUAAAGGGUUCCUACAAAUUUUUUAAUGCCUUGGUGGAUGAACUCGGAAAUGCUCGAUGGUUGUGUAAAGAGCCCAUGACAGUGGAUUUCAUUCGGUGUAAAAGUUACGAAGAUGAUGUUAGCUCUGGAACAGUUCAAAUUAUUGGGCUCAGUAAUCUCGAGGAACUUCGAGGAAAGAAUGUUUUGGUAGUGGACGAUAUAGUCGAUACGGGUCUUACGUUGUCUAAACUCAUUCAUACUCUGGAACAAUGCGGUGCGAAAAAAAUAUGGACGGCAUUGUUACUUUCGAAGAGAGUACCUCGGAAAGUUACUAUCACCGAGGACUUCGUCGCAUUUAAUAUUCCCAACAAGUUCAUUGUUGGUUAUGGAUUGGACUAUAAUCAAAAGUUUCGUGAUCUAAAUCAUAUAUGUGUGAUGAGCCCAGCUGGAAUAGAUAAGUACAAGAGCACUUGA